AUGCCGUUCUUCUCUGACGACCCGUCGUCCUGCAUUUGUCCUCCCUCUCCUUCUUCAAGGUCGUCCAAGAGCAUGGCGGCCUGGAAGGUGAGAGGCGACGCCGGCAGGCUCCUCCCGGUCAUCACCUUCUUCCUAGGCGCGGCGGUGACGGGGGCGUUCGUCUUCCUCGGCGCAACUAUGGACAUGAGCUGGCGCUUCGCCGCGUGGGGCAAUGGCGCACGACCAGUGGCCGGAGACGAGGCGAAACCGUUUGCGGAGCUGGCAGAGCUGCUGAAGAACGCAUCCAUGGAGGACAACACGGUGAUCGUGACGUCCAUCAACAAGGCGUACGCGGCGCCGGGCUCCCUCCUGGACCUCUUCCUCGAGAGCUUCCGGUCCGGCAAGGGCACGGCGGGGCUGCUGGACCACCUCCUCAUCGUGUCCGUGGACCCCGGCGCGCACGAGACGUGCCGGUCGGUGCACCGCCACUGCUACCUCCUCCGGCCGGACAACGACGACGGCGCCGCGCCGGCGGUCGACCUCAGCGCCGCCAAGUACUUCAUGACCAAGGACUACCUGGACAUGAUGUGGGCAAGGAACCGGUUCCAGCAGACCAUCCUGGAGCUCGGCUUCAACUUCCUCUUCACGGACGUGGACAUCCUGUGGUUCCGGAACCCGAUGCGGCACAUCGCCGUCACGUCGGACGUUGCCAUCGCCAGCGACUACUUCAACGGCGAUCCGGACAGCCUGCACAACCAGCCCAACGGCGGCUUCCUGUAUGUCAGGUCCAUGAACCGGACGGUGGAGUUCUACCGGCGGUGGCGGGAGGCGCGAGCCGGCUUCCCGCCGGGGACCAACGAGCAGCACGUCCUGGCGCGGGUGCAGCUCCCGCUGACACGCCGCCUCGGCGUGCGGAUGCAGUUCCUCGACACGGCGCACUGCGGCGGCUUCUGCCAGCUCAGCGACGACCUGCGCAGGGUGUCCACCAUGCACGCCAACUGCUGCACCGGCCUCGACAACAAGGUGCACGACCUCAGGAACGUGCUCCGGGACUGGCGGAACUACACGGCGGCGACAAGGGAGGUCCGCCGCCGGGGAGGCUUCGGCUGGACCAAGCCCGGCAGGUGCAUCCGCUGA